AUGAAGAUCUCUCUUGCUCUUUCCACCGCUCUGCUUGCGCUCAGCGCCAACGCAUUUGACAAGAACCAACUGGAAGCCUGGGGCAAGCGUGACUACCCCUGCGUCAACGUCUUCCAGGGAAUCCCUGAGAACUCGACCGUCUCCCCGGGAUCCAAGAUCACGCUGCAGUUCAACCGGGCCAGCACCACUCUCUGCGACGAUAGCUUGGCCCAGUACCCUGGAAGCCCCUAUUCCAUCUGGUUGUACAACAACCCGGUCCGGAACCUCGACAUGAUCCAUUUCGAUAAGGAGAUCAAGAUCGCCGAUGGUAUUCCCGAGAAGGAUGGCACUGUGACUUUCACGAUCCCGAGGAACGUGUCCGCUGUCAAGGAUGACUCUGUCUGGUAUCUGCGCCUCAGUACCUCUCUGGCCACUGCGCCUCAGAUGCCGACCAUUUUCAACGCUGCUGGACCUUUUGCCAUUCGGUAA